AUGGACGAAGUCCUGCGUGGACUCCCUUCGUUUUUUGAUUACAUCGACGAUAUUUUGAUAGCUAGUGAGGACGCUGCCUCUCAUAAGCGUCAUUUAAACGAAGUCUUUCAACGUUUGUCUCACUACGGAUUCCCUGGUAUUGUUUCUGUGGUGUUAGUGUUGGUAAUAUUUCUCUUAGUGUGGUUGGGUAUUCUGUGGGAUUUUCUUGUGGGCAUUGAUUUCUGUAUUGGUGGUUGCCUCCGCAUCCAUAACAUUCCUUUCCUUUUCUUUCAGGGAGACGCGCGUCCAAGGUUGAACUUCUUCUUCUUCCGUCCUGUCCCAAGCCUGAACAAGGUCCGAACUCUUUCUCUGCCCUCUUCUUCUCUUCUUAACUUUCAGAAAUUUUCUUCUCUUAGCAACUUCUUCUUCUUCUCUGCCUGUUAUUUCCAAACGGACCGACCCUUCUUGCCCGCAAGGGGCGAAUGA